AUGUUUAAUCCAUUUCUUGCGUCCUGCUGCAAGGACUAUGCAUGUGAUUGCUGUCUGUCACCUGCAGAAAAAAUUAAUAAAGAUAUUAAUCAGCAACUGAAAGUAUUUCGCCGACAGAAUUUACACGAAAGAAAAUUACUUCUCUUAGGAAAUGCGGAAGCUGGAAAAUCGACAUUCCUUAAACAAAUGAAAUUAAUUCAUGGCCGAGGUUUCAAAGCCGAUGAGAAACAUCGACUUAUUCCAUUCAUCUAUCGACAAAUACUUAGUGUUGUUCGAUGUAUUUGUCGAGCGAUGAAUAUGCUUCAAAUAAAAUUUGAAAACGAACGAAAUGAAGAAUAUGCUCGUGUAUUAAGUUCGCCAAAUAAUGAUGAUGAGGAUGAUAGUAUAACAACAUUAUCAUCCCGAAUGAUUGAAGCUAUUCGAUAUGUUUGGUCUGAUGAAGGUGUGAAAAUAUGUUACCAUCGACGACGAGAAUAUCGACUACCUGACUCGGCAAAAUACUUCCUGGAUGAUUUAGAUCGAAUUUCCGCACAAAAUUUUACACCAACUGAUGAUGAUAUAUUAAGAGUGCGUAUUCCAACAACGGGUAUCGUUCAAGAAGAUUUUAUUUUUUCUCAUCUUCAACUUCGAAUUGUUGAUGUUGGUGGACAAAGAACAGAACGUCGAAAAUGGAUUCAUUGUUUUGAUAAUGUAACGUCUGUCAUUUUUCUGGCAUCUCUUAUUGAAUAUGAUCAACGAGUUGAAGACUCUAUUGAACAGAACUUAAUGGAAGAAAGUUUGGCAUUGUUUCAUGUUAUUUUAACAUCCGAAUAUUUUUAUAAUGCAUCUAUUAUCCUUUUUCUAAACAAAACUGAUCUAUUUCCAGAACGACUUGCUGACAAACCUCUUCGAUGCAUCUAUACUGAAUUUGAUGGUGCUGACGACGAUGUUGAAGCGGCAAAACAAUUUAUCAAAAAUAAAUAUCUAAGUUUAGUACCUGUUAAAGAAAGAUAUACAGAAAAGAAUAUCUAUCCUCAUUUUACAUGCUCUGUCGAUAGCAAAAAUAUUCGAAUUGUUUUUGAAUCGGUCAAAGAUUCAGUACUCGCACAAAAUCUCUACUAUUGGACACCAUACUGA